UUGGUCCAGUCUAGAUAAUGGACUACACAUUGUAUAUUUCUAGGUCCAGAUCUAGAUCCAGGUCCAUGAAUACUAGUGGAGCUUGGUCCAGUCUAGAUAAUGGACUAGCUCUCUCAUCUCCGGAUACUCUCUCUUUAACCCUCAGUGAUAUGGAUUCUGAAGCAAGAAUGAGUAGUCCUGACCAUCUAGUCAAUAGAAAGACUAUUCUGGACAGGAUUGGGGGACUACAGGAGAUAUCAGGACAUAGUCGUCAUCAUAACAGUUCAAGAUCAUGUGGAAGUGAAUCCGACUUUUAUCUGAACUGGAGUGUCGAAAGAGGACAACCUAGAAGACAAGGUUCCGUUCCAUGGUCUGGUUCCUCAGGUUCCCAGUAUAAUGGAGCAGGAACAGGAAGUGGAAUUUGGAACCCUGGAACCGGAAAUGGGACCUGGAAUGGCCGGAACUGGAACGGGACAUUAGACCGGAUGUCGAUGAGCUCAGGAGAGUCCCAGUCAAGUGGAUCUAACUAUGAUCAACCUAAAACAGUUCUAAAGGUGACGACCUCCCCACAAGUAUUAAAACGAUUACCGAGCAGUAGAGGAUUUAUUCGACCUCUCUCCCCCUCCAUGUCCUCCGCCUCCUCCCUCUCACCGCCCCUCACACCUAAGUCCUUGAGGCGGGUACUCCAGCAGCAAGGAGGAGAAGGAGAUCAUCUCCGCCGUCAAAUUGCCGCCGCGCCGUGCAGCUGUGGAUCCGCCGCACCUCGGGAGGUUCCUGGAUUUGAAAACUAUGAUGUUCCAAGGAAUUUAGGAAAUCAGGAUGCUCUGCAGUUUUAUGAUACACCAAGAAACAUUAAGGAAGCUUUAGGGUCUAGCCACCAGUCUCAAAAGGAUGGAAUGGGUAAUUAUGAUAUCCCUGGUGAUCCUCUCCCUGUCUUCACUAAACCCUGCGGCUGCCUCAUGAGACUGACAACCUCCAACACUGGUGAGGUGAGGGUGGUGACCUCAACCCCCGCCGAGGUGAUGUUGAUGACCCAAGGGGAGGGUGAGGGCAGAAGAUCGAAUAAUAGUACACUGGAUAGAGAUAUGACAUGGACAUGUGCCAGAGAGGGUAGUACAGGAGAGUGUAGUGAGCUGAAGAUACCCCGGGUAAAGCUGACCGGCCAAGGAAGAAUGCCUGUGGUGGAUAUGAGUAAAAUAAAUGCAAUCAGGUGUCUAUCUGAACCUCCAUCAGAGAAGGAUCAAGCUCCUGCUGCUGGCCGGUCAUUAUCACCAAACAUAAUUUCAGGACUACCCCCUCGACACGGUGGUGGUCCAGUUUAUGCACAGAUUGAUCGUUCUAAGAAAAUAUGUCAAGGAUGUAAUCAGAAAAUUCAGCAUCGAUGUAACAAACAGGUUGGCCGCGGGGCACCGCCUCCUCCAGACCAUGCCAACUACACAAAUAUGGACUUUGCACAGUCCUUGUCCCUGUACGAAAACAGUCGAGACGUUCUCUCCAGACUAGAAAAACUACCUCAAAGUUUAACACGUGAUCAAGUUGAGACUGAGAACUAUCUCCCCAUGUAUUCCAGUUCAAAUCCAGAUUAUGAAUUAAUGAGAGCACCGGAAAAUUCGGAAAAUGCCAAGUAUCAUGAAAUGGCACCAAUUAGUGCAGGUGACAGGUCGUCUUUGUGCAGUGAUGACAGAUCGUCUUUGUACAGCUCGAACUAUGAUAUUGUAGACAGUAUGGCGCUUAUGAGUGAUACCAGAUUUGAUACCAUUAAACAUGCUCCUAAAAACUUCAUAAAAAUUGACGAUGAAACUUUUAUGUACAAACCUGAAAAGGAAAUCAGUCUACCAGAUAAUGCAGGGACAGGAAUCAGUCUACAGGAGCAAUCAUUGGAUCAGCUGGCGAUCAGCCUGCAAGGGACGAAUCUGUUCUCUGGUUACGUCACAAUACCCAGAUCUAAGGUUUCGGACAGCAUACAUAAUCUCUCUAAGUCCCAGAGCCCUGUGUUAACGAUGCGACGAUCAGCCAGUGUACCUUGUAAACGGGAUUCAACCAGUUCAGGAGGAUCAGACUCAGGGGUCUCCACAGGAUCACCCAGACAAUCAACCUUGGAUCAACUGGACUCCAUCGACCAGACUUCAGGGGGGUCCAGUCCACAGUCAGAGAUGCAAACAGAGGUUAAUUAGAGGACUAGAAACUGAUUCCUAUAAAGCCUCAACAUUUCCAUGUUUGCCAAAUCUGAAAAAAAUGCCAUGAAAGAAUUUCUAAGCAUAAAACUGUUGAUAAAGCAGCAUCCUUCAUGGGAAAUAUAACUAGAGACUGAACUGUGACAAAAUUUGCAUCAUCAAGAUAAUAUUCUGUUUAAAUUGCAAUAUAUGUGAAGCUUCUUAUCUGUGAUUGUGAAAUUAAGUUGAAUAUUUUGUUGCGCUUCAUAUUUAAUUUUCUUAUAAUUUAAAAUUCGUGUUUUUCAAAUUUAAUUCUGUUUCUCUAGACCAUUUU